CGGCGACGUCCCCCGGAAGUGGAGUCCAGGACUUCCAGUCGUGCGUGAGGCGAGCGGAGCCGGAGACAAGAGCAGAGGCCGGAGUCGGGAUCUGACAAGAUGGCCGGGCUGCCCCGCAGGAUCAUUAAGGAAACCCAGCGUUUGCUGGCAGAACCAGUUCCUGGCAUCAAAGCAGAACCAGAUGAAAGCAACGCCCGUUAUUUUCAUGUGGUCAUUGCUGGCCCCCAGGAUUCCCCCUUUGAGGGAGGGACUUUUAAACUUGAACUAUUCCUUCCAGAAGAAUACCCAAUGGCAGCACCUAAAGUACGUUUCAUGACCAAAAUUUAUCAUCCUAAUGUAGACAAGUUGGGAAGAAUAUGUUUAGAUAUUUUGAAAGAUAAGUGGUCCCCAGCACUGCAGAUCCGCACAGUUCUGCUAUCGAUCCAGGCUUUGUUAAGUGCUCCUAAUCCAGAUGAUCCGUUAGCAAAUGAUGUAGCGGAGCAGUGGAAGACCAACGAAGCCCAAGCCAUAGAAACAGCAAGAGCAUGGACUAGGCUAUAUGCCAUGAACAAUAUUUAAGUCGAUCUGGUCAUCAAGUGUGCAUCACUUCUCCUGUUCUGCCAAGACUUCCUCCUUUUUUUUUUUUUUUUUUUUGUUUGCAUAUAAUGGACACAGUCUUAGAAACAAACAUUACAGAAUAAAGCCCAGGCAUCUUCAGUCCUUUGGUGAUUAAAUGCACAUUAGCAAAUCUAUGUCUUGUCCUGAUUCACUGUUGUAAAGCAUGAGCAGAGGCUAGAAGUAUCAUCUGGAUUGUUGUGAAACAUGUAAAAGCAGUGGCUCCCUGCUUUUGUUUGUUUCUCCCAUCAUGGUUUAAGUAAAAAGCACUGUGAAUGAAGGUAGUUAUCGGGGUUAGCUGCAGGGGUAUGGGUGUUUGUAUUUUAUUUUUUAGGGGGAAAGUAGUUUUAAUUUUAUGGGCUCCUUCCCUUCCCCCACUUUUAUGGGGAUCUAAUUGCAUUGGUUAAAAGCAGCUGACCAGUUCUUUAGAAUAUGCUCUCUAGCCAAGUCUAACUUUAUUUAGACACUGUAGAUGGACAAGCUUGAGUGAACCGAAAUGGGAACAUUAAACAAAUACCACAGCCCUCACUAAUAACAUUGUGACUUUGCUGUCAAGUGUAGAUUUCCCCCUUCAAAGAAAAAAGGAAAAAAAAAAAAAAAAAGCUUGUGACCAUUUUGUAUGGCUUGUCUGGAAACUUCUGUAAAUCUUAUUAGUAAAAUAUUUUUUGUUAUUCUACUUUGCCUUUGUACAGUUUAUUUUACUGUGUUUAUUUCGUUUUCCCAAUGUGACAAUCCUAUUUAAAAUUAAAACGGAACAUUCUGUUUGGUCCUUGCCAUCUGACAAAGUGAUUGGUAAGAGAUGGAUUUUACUGUUUUCUUUUCACUGAUGCAGGUUUGUGUUAAGUUACUAAGUGGAAUAUUUAUAAGCUGGCCCUGAGCAUGCAUAAGGCAUCGGUAUCUGAACCCUUCCCUGCCCUUUUUUUUUUUUUUUUACUCCCUGGGAAUUUGAAAUAAAUGUGUGUGUUCUUUGAUUAGUUAGAUGAUCUCUGUAUUGCCAUAAUGUUUAAAAAUGACUGUACCUGACAGUCAAAGCAAUGAAAACAGUUGCGACUGACAUGUAGGACUUUCACAUGUUGUGCCACAUUAUUGCCUCAAAUGACCUUUUUCUUGGUUCUUGUUUGAAAACUUCAUGUGUGGCCACUGGUUUAUGCUAUGAGGAAAACAGCAAGUUGAUAACAUUGGGUUUGCUGAGGCAUUUGUGAGCCUUCUUUAUAAACCCAUUGAGUAAAUCCCAAGCAGGCAGCUUGCGUGUCAUCAUGGAGGUUUCUUCCUUCCAUAUCAUCAAAUCUGAAGUUAAAUGAGUCCUUUAUCCUUCUUGUAUUUGCUGUGGGAACUCCUUUUGUCUUUAAUUUGGUAUUACUAACUUGUUCUUCAUUGACAGAGUUUUUCCUCACAAAACCAAACCAUUUACCUACCUGUUUCCACAUCUAAUUCCUAUUUGAUGGUUUAGGAAUUCUUGAUUCUUAUUAUUUUUUAAAUCAUAAACAUGUAAAUGUUAAACCUCGGGUUGGGAUCUGUCUCCUUCAGUAUAAAGUUAUGGAUAUUGUAGCCCAUCUGAAUUCCUCAUUGACUCAUAACUUCUGGAGUUUCUUCAGAAUGUGGUGUAUUUUAUUGUGCUCCUAUGUAAGAUGAAAAAUUAUCUAUUAAAAUUACAUUUUCAACAUA